AUGUCUUCUAAUAGUUCAAGCUCUGCAAACGAAGAACACCCUACCACGCAAUGUACGGCAAACCUGAAGCACAUCUUCCGUCGCGAAAUCAUAUACGAAAAUCUGCCCCGUCACAUCCAAUUGAUGAUCCUCGAGGCAUCCGCGAUAGAAAGUAAACUCGUCGAGCUAUUUGAAAAGCCCAAGGACUCCGACUCAACCCAGGCUCCUGGACUAUCUAGGGAAUACUUACAUCUCUUCAAAGAGUACAGUUGCAUUGUACAUAAAAUCGAUGGCGCACUUCGUGAUAUGACCAAUCAUAGUGUUUCUCCUGAAAUGUUAAUACGGUGGGCUGUCCUGAUUUACAAGACAACGGAGUCUAUGAUCCGUGCACUGCAAUUGCUAGCCGUCGUUCAUGUUGACGAGGAACGUCCCGAUCGGACACGUCGCGACAUUGACGAUGCUUGCAAGGCGAUAUUCAUGGCCUACGAACCUAUAGAUAGAGUUGAAGAAGAGAUCACGUAUUACUGUCCUCUUGAAGCAGAAGAGUUGGCUAGUGUGGCUCAAAAUACGGAUAUUAUCUUUAGGGCUGCUCGCCCCCCGUCACCUUCCACCAGCGAUGGAUCCGGCGACGAAGGAUAUUUUUUGAGUGAUUCAGACGACACAGACGAUACAGACUUUCCAAGAGAUAAUAAUGGAUAUAUAAACUUGGACGAGUACGAGUGUAGAACAGAGGGUGGACGUAUCUAUUUAGAACGCAAGGAGAAAGUUUCAGAGCCAGGCGCCCAUACCGAUUAA